AUGCAGUCAAGCAUCAUUCUGCUCAGCCUGAUGGCUGCAGCCGCGAGCGCCGCAACGACCAAGGCUCUGCACUACGCCGUUCCCACGACCUUCAAGGCUGCCGCCAGCAACUGCACCAUGCCCGCAGACUUCGCCGUUUCCUCCUUCGAGAUCUACACGGACAAGACGGACGCCAGCAAGAACACACUCGAGUUCCAGUAUGUCGACGCCGACACCGACCUCUACACCAUGUGCCGGAAGAACUCUACCAGCAAGGUCACCGGUUCGGGUGGCAACAGAUACCCCUGCGAGAAUCCUCAUGUCUUCUUCAUCUACCAGACAACCGGCAUUGCUGGCUUGACGGUUAUCGAGGAGGCGUGCCCUGGAAACUCGCCCGCAUUUGAGGCUUCCGGUCUCGUCAAGCCCGAGCUCAAAUGCACCGACACCUACUCGGGAACAACCUGCCUGAGUGAAGAUUCACCCAUGAUCGGUGAUUUCGACAGCUUCGAGCCAGCGCCCCCAUCGUCGGGAUCUCGAAAGAUUCGACGAACACGACUAGGUGCCCUGAGAAACAGCAUCUAG